AUGUCAAACCAAAUUCGUACCAUCUGCCCCUCGACCCAUGAGGUUAUUUUUGACCAGCCUGGCACUUCGCUCGAAGAAGCUAUCAAAGUUGCUGUUGCCUCAAAGCAAGCUUUUGAGUCUUACAAAACAACUUCUCUGGACGACCGGAAAGGCAUUGUGAAACAAGCAUUGGACAUCAUUGAGCAACGCCGCGAUGAACUGGCUAGAGAACUGACUGCGCAAAUGGGGCGACCCAUCCGGUACUGUGCAUCAGAGAUCAACACUAUGCGUCUGCGCGCCGAGUACUUGAUGGAUAUUGCCGAAGAGAGCCUGUCCGAUCUCCCUGGUCGACCAGAAACCGGCUUCCGGCGAACGGUCAAACGUAUUCCCGUGGGACCAGUACUUAUCGCGGGUGCUUGGAAUUACCCUUACCUGACUACUGUCAAUGCUCUUGUCCCGGCACUUCUUGCUGGAAACAGCGUUAUAUUGCGCCCUUCGCCGCAGACUCCGCUAUUUGGAAACAGACUACUCGAGAUCUUUACCGGGGCAGGUCUUCCCCCUCAGGUCCUUCAGGUCCUUCAUAUUGGAAACCUGGAUGUUUUGGAUCAGGUGGCACAAAUUCCUGAGAUCCAGUCUGUCUCAUUUACUGGAUCAACUGCAGGUGGGAUCAGACUCAGGGAGGCAACCGCCCAACACAUCAAGCCCGUCAACCUCGAACUUGGUGGAAAUGAUCCCGCAUAUGUUCGUCCAGAUGCCGAUGUGAAACACGUUGCAGAGCAGCUUGUGGACGGAGCUGUUUUCAAUUCCGGACAGAGUUGCUGUUCCAUUGAGCGGGUAUAUGUGCAUGAGAAUGUUUACGAUGACUUUGUUUGCGCCGUGCAGGAGGAGUUGAAAUCGUAUAAACUUGGUGAUCCGCAGGAUUCAAGCACAACCACAGGCCCUGUCAUCUCAACGCAGGCCAUGGAGAAAAUCACUGCGCAUGUCCAGGAUGCAAUUGCUAAAGGAGCUGUUAACUCUACCCCCAGAACCUAA